GUAUAAAAAUCCUUAUCUCUCUCUCUCUCUCUCUCUCUCUCUACACGAACACAGUGUCAAGACACUGAUGCUUUCUCCGGCAUUGAGAGCAAAUUGAACGGAGUUGACGGCCACCGGUAUUCUGAAGCUUUUAUUUUUGCAGAUUAUUUCUCCAUAUAUUUAUUUCAGGGCUCAUAACCCAAGUAUUGAAAACGACUAAAAUCCCUUCUUCCCGCCCAGAGUAAACCUGCAUGUGAUCUUAAUUUCGAAGAUGCAAAUCUCUGUAGCGACUGUAAUCCCAAAAGUGCCUUCAUUCACCACAUUUUACCAGUUCACCUCAAAUCCAGCUCAACACGGUCUUAAAAAACCGAACCAUGGUCUCUCAGUACAAACACACAUCAAUCUUCCAGCUCCAUGUGCUGUCAAAAGUUCCUCUACUGGCUUCUUGUCUGCCAUUGAGAGAGCAAUAGAGGAAGAAGAGUAUAGAAAAGCCAGGGCUGAGGUAAACCGGCAAGGGAUAAAUAUUGAAGGUUAUUCAAUUGAAGGACACUCGAUUGGUGGGCAUGAGACCUGUGUUAUUGUGCCACAACUGAAAGCUGCUUUUGAUAUUGGGAGAUGCCCAUCAAAGGCUGUUCAUCAAAACUUCUUGUUUAUCACUCACGCUCAUCUUGACCACAUUGGUGGACUUCCUAUGUAUAUUGCCACUCGUGGCUUGUACGGCUUGAAACCUCCGACAGUCUUCGUACCUCCUUCCAUAAAAGAAGAUGUAGAGAAGUUGCUUGAUGUUCAUAGAUCAAUGAGUCAGGUGGAACUGAAUUUGGAUCUGAUUGCUUUGGAUGUAGGGGAAACAUAUGAAAUGCGGAAUGACCUGGUAGUAAGACCAGUUAGAACUCACCAUGUUAUUCCCAGCCAGGGCUAUGUGAUAUACUCAGUCAGAAAGAAGUUGAAGAAGCAAUACAUUCAUCUACAGGGGAAACAAAUAGAGAAACUGAAGAAAUCGGGUGUUCAGAUAACAGAUAGUGUGUUGUGUCCUGAAGUAGCCUUCACAGGAGAUACAACAUCAGACUUUUAUCUUGAUCCUCGCAGUGCUGAUGCUUUGCGGGCAAAAGUUCUUAUAACUGAGGCAACAUUCUUGGAUGACAACUGCGGCGUUGAGCAUGCACGGGAGCAUGGUCAUACACAUCUAUAUGAGAUAAUGGAACAUGCCCAAUGGAUACGGAACAAAACACUUGUUUUAACCCAUUUUUCACCACGCUACAACAUUGAGGACAUUCGUCAAGGUGUAUCAAAGUUGCAACCCCUGGUAUCAGCCAAAGUGGUUGCCUUAACUGAGGGCUUCAAAUCAAUGCACUUAUAGUUAUUCUUUUCCUCUUUUUGUAAGAAAACUUACACAUGCCUAGUUAGUGAAACUGUGUACAGUUUUGUAUGGUUAGUUGUGAGAAAUAGAGGUAAUUCAUGCUCUUUUACAAACUCUUUUACUUUGUACAAGUUUCACCAAGCAUCUGUAUUAUUUUUGACUUAACCAAAAUGCUUCAUGUGCACAUACAUGUCUUGCAUU